GCUAUCCAGAACCAGGGGAAUUCAUCUUCAAUGGAGAAACACAUAGGUCAAGGAUCCAGCAUGCCAUCGACAAAUAAAGGAAGUCAAUUUCACCGUGAUAAUUAUGAAGAAAUUGACUCGGAUUACGCUGAAUUCCUUGAAAAAUAUGGUGAAGAUUAUUAUGAACGAUUGGAAAAUUCUGGAGUUGAAGAUGCACCUAACACUUAUGCAGUAAGUUUUUUUCCAUUAGGCUUUGCAGAUCAUCCAAUUCCGGAUGUACAUACCUUUGAAUUCAGUAUUGACCAUUUGAACCAUUGCAGCCAAACAAAAAUUACUUUGCCAAAUGAAUUAUCAAAAUUUGUUCGUGAUUUCAAUUUGCAAAGCCUCAUACUUGAAGUACCAGGAACAAACAGUUCAAAGGUACAUUUAAAGUAUCCAACCGAUGCUUCUGAAAAUGUGCAGAUUGUGGGAGGAUGGAAAAACUUUUGUUUUGACAAUGGAAUACAAUUUGGUGAUAGGCUUCGAAUUGAGUUCAAACAUGUUUAUCCAAAUGUUGGUAAAGUUUUUAAGGUUACAACUUAAUUGGACACAUCUAUGUGAGAUCCAUAUGUAAGCCUACAAAAUGUUUAAUUUUUUGUUUCAAGUUUUCCUUUAAAUUGUAAUAGACAUUGACAAGUAUUGUAAUUCAGUUAGUUUGAUGUUUCAUUUCACAAGUUUUAUUUGUAAUUCAGUUAUAUUAAUGUUACUUUAUAUAUGUCAACUUAUGAAAAGUCGAACUG